AUAACCUCUGACUGAAAAGUGACAGUGACAUACAUAACCUUAAAAAUUUAUAAAAAGAAGAGAACAGAAUGCCGAAAAAGAAAACAGGGCAACGGAAAAAAGCGGAAAAGCAAAAAUUAAGGCAGAAGGAGAUCCGUACCUCGAGGGAUAACAUAGGCUUAGCCCAACACCCUUGUAAUGCCGUUAUGGAAUGCGAAAAGUGCAACAGAAAGCAGAAAAAUCGUGCCUUUUGCUAUUUUUGCCAAAACCUACAGAGACUUCCAAUGUGCGCACAAUGCGGCAAGACCAAGUGCAUGGCGAAAGCGGGAGAUUGCGUUAUACGUCAUCCCGGAAUAUUUACAACUGGCUUAAAUAUGAUUGGAGCGAUUUGUGAUUUUUGUGAGGCAUGGGUUUGUCAUGGACGACGCUGUUUACAGUCGCAUGCUUGCACGUGUCCUUUGCAAGACUCUGUAUGUGUUGAAUGCGAACGAGGGGUUUGGGAUCACGGCGGUCGCAUUUUCAAAUGCUCAUUUUGUGAAAAUUUGCUUUGCGAGGACGAUCAAUUUGAACAUCAGGCCUCUUGUCAGGUUUUAGAGUCUGAGAAUUACAAGUGCCAAUCUUGUAACAAAUUGGGUCAGUACUCGUGUUUGAGAUGCAAAACGUGCUAUUGUGAAGAUCACGUACGCAGGAAAGGGUUCAAGUAUGAAAAAAAUAAAGCACUGCCAUGCCCAAAGUGUGGGUACGAUACAUCGCAAACAAAAGAUCUCAGCAUGUCAACGCGAAGCCAUAAGUUUGGGCGACAAGGGCAGGCUACUUUGGAAGACUACGGCGGUAGCAGUGGAGAUUAUGAUUAUCAACCUGAUGAUAGUUACGAUACUGGGGACAACGAAGAGUAUGAUGAUUAUGAAGAUGAUGAGGAUGAUGAAGAGGAAGAAAGUAGUAACGAAUCGUCAGAGGAGCAAUGAAUUUGUAGACAUGCUAAUUCUAUAAGUAGUAGCAUCUGAAAUUUUUUAAUUUUGCAAUUGUUUCUGUAUGUUGUUUAUUAAAAUUAAUAAUUAUUGAUUGAUUUA